AUGGUUCAUCCUCGUUGUAUGGUCUACCAAAACGGCCUUGAGGUCUUGGACACUACGCUACCUCCCGCGGACCCGAAAGGCAACGAGGAAGGACAGGCGCACUCAGCCGGAGUUGAGCAACAAUCGCUGCACGCAGAUUUGAAAUCAACCUCAUCCACAAUCCCGUUACUGGAUGAGAUUGGCGGUGGUAUCAACGUCAACAGAUUUACAUUCACUGUCCCUGGACCUACUGGCAAAACGUUCAAGCUGUCGAGCAUCACACCAUGGCUACCUACAAUCAAAAGCUAUGUACCUGUGGCGUCCCAGAUCAGUUUUCAGGUUUCCCACUUGUCGGCAUUGGAAGGGCGUAAUCACUCGCUCAUUGGCAACUUCUCCAUCAUGUCAACAUGGCAGGGCGUAAUCACUCACGCAUUGGCAACUUCCCCAUCAUGUCAACAUGGCGGAAUGUGUCUAGCGGAACAUGAGCGCUAUGACGAUGCGCUUCAGCUUGUCGCUCUGAAAAGGAUCCCUGCGAUUGACACUAGUACUGGCGAUAGCGCUGCAACAGCGGUCGUAGAAAAGAAGGAACUUGACGAAGCAGUAAUCGCAUCGAACAGUUGUUGUCGGCGGGGGAGGGUAAGGAGUGCUGACGCCGUUAUCAACUUGUCCACUCACCCGAAUAUAUUACUUCAAUGAGUCUAAUCUUUUUUUCGUGCCUCGCAUCACUUACCAUCGCUGUUAUGCAAGCGAACAUGCGUGGGCACGCUGGCUGACCGCCCUCUCUCCUCUUUUCCGCCAGGCAGACGGAGGUCGGAACUCCCAUAAAAUAAAUUUGUGCGAAUCUGCAGUUCUUUCCACCACAAGGGUUUAUCUAUGUCGUGAUAUUAUAAUUACCCAGUAAUAACAGAGAUUAAGUUAGAAAAGACGGAAAACAAGAUAGGGUGGUAGAUAUAAA